AUGGGCUAUUCUAGAGUGCUAGUCACGGGUGCCACUGGCUUUAUCGGGGGGUCGGUAUUGACCCAGUUUCUGGCAUCCGAGAAUCCAGCCUUGAAAGAUUCGACGGUUACAACUAUUGUCCGUAAGCAAGAACAUGCAGAUAACUUGCAGAGACAUGGCGUUUCUUCAAUCUUAUUCACAGGUUUGGAUGACACUGAACGGCUGAGACAAAUUGCCUCGCAGUUCGAUAUUGUUGUGCACUGUGCUACGGGCUUGCACACCCAGUCUGCUGUAGCAUUGAUCUUAGGACUAGGCGACUCAAUGAGGGAAAGUGGGAAGCAGACAUAUUACAUCCAUACAACUGGAACAUCUAAUCUGGCAUAUGGGAUGGUUUCCCAUCCUGACGCCGUCAUCCCCGAAUUCUCCGACACGGACGACGUAUAUACAGAAGAGGUUCGCCGAGAUGCUGACGAGCAUUAUGAUCAACGAGCAACCGAUAUUGCUGUGGUUAAAGCAGCAGAGGCAGCUGGCGUCAAAGCUUAUUUAAUGAUGCCUCCGACAGUUUUUGGUACUGGAUCGGGCCUUUUCAAAAAGCAGUCAAUACAGAUCCCAUUCACUAUACAACAUGCCAUCGAUCAAGGAUAUCCGGAAUAUAUUGGAGAUGGAUCUGGUACAGUCGGGUAUGUGCAUAUCAGCGAUCUCGCGUCGCUAUAUGAGCUCGUCCUCUGCAAAAUUCUCGAAGGCUCCGAUGAGUGCCCUUUCGGUAGGAAGGGCAUAUACUUUAGUAAUACGGGAGACUUCACUUGGAUGGCCCUUAAUGAGAGAAUUGGGGAGAUUGGGCUGAGUUUAGGUGCGCUGAGCUCCAAAAUUCCACGCUCAAUCUCCUUGGAGGACGCCUGGCGCAAGUGGGGCUUCGAUGGUAAUAGAUUGCUAUUGGAAACAAAUCAUGCUGCUAAAUCGCGAACCGUCCCAAGGCUUGCUUUUGAGAUUGGUUGGGCUCCGACUAAAACGUCCAAGGACUGGGAUGUCGGCAUUGAAGAGACAUUUAGGGCUGUUCUAAUGAAACGCGAAAGUCAUAAAUAA